AUGGAACAGGGGCCGUUAACGCAGUCCCUACAACCAACAACUUUAGAAAUAGUUAACGAAUCAUCUUUACACGCCAAUCAUUAUGAAAUGAAAGAUGUUGAUAGCAGAGAGACACAUUUUCGUGUAUCCGUGGUCUCGGAGAAUUUUGAAGGGAAGUCACUCCUUCAACGGCACCAAAUUAUCUAUAAAUUAUUGGAUGAAGAGCUAAAGGCUGGCUUACAUGCACUGUCGAUAAAAGCGAAGACACCGAAAGAAAUGGGGCAGUGA